UCGCUCUCUCUUUCUCUCACGUUGCAAACCCUAAAUACAUUCUCUCUCUCUCUCUCUCUCUCUCUCUCUCUCUCUCUCUCGCGUAGCCAAAAUGGAGAGCUUGAAGCAGGAAUUUGUGAGAUAAGGAUAAUCGGCUUCUUCGGAUCGCACUUAGAUCACUGCUUUACGAAAUGGUAGGUGCUGGUAUCAUGGAUCUUUCUGAUGCACCAUCUCCCCAGAAAUCAGAUUUUAAGCCAUCAUUCCGCAAGCCAUCGAAUGAUAUAGCUAAUAGAAAGUACCGCCGCCAUUCCCCUGCUGCUGGGUCUGAUUCAUCUUCAUCUGGAGACAGUCUGAAGCAUGAGAGGAGCCGUAGUCCCAUUCAUCACAGGAGAGAUCGCCCUCAGAUCUCCGAAGGUCAGCGUAGAAAAGAGGAUGGAAGAGAGACAGAUAAGGAAAGGAGCUAUAAGCAAUCCAGCCGGGCCCACGAAUCUCAAAGACACUUUGACAGGUACGGAGAUUCUCACGAGUCCCGGGCCCAUGAUGAUUACAGCCGGCAUCAUCGUAGGCGUGCUGAUGCGGAUGAAAGGAAUUGCUUAAGAUCUUCUCGUUCUGAGCGAGAAUCAAGAACUGAAACCCGUUCCAAUUAUAGAAGCCGUGUUGAUGACGGUUAUGGAGAGAAACUUAGUAAAAGUAAAGACAGAGAUGUUGACGCUCAGGUACAUCAUAGGUAUAAUGAAAAAGAGACCAAAAAAGCGAACUCAUCCAGAGACAAUGUCAAGAGUGGAGAACGUGACCGGCAUAGAGAGAGGCGAGUUGAAGAAGAAAAAAGAGAUCAUUAUAGGGGUAUUGGGAAAUGGUCAAGUGAAAAUGGCUCCUCCCGAGAGGAAAUUGUUGGGUCUUCUAAGGAAGGUCAGAAGAGUAAAAGUAAGGAAGUUAAUGAGCAGGAGCAUGUGCGCAAGAGAAAGCAAAAUGACAGGGAAAGUGAGUGCUACCUGGAUAGAUCGUCUAACAUGUCUGACAGCCAGCCUUCAGCAGCAAAAGUUAAGCUUGGUUCUGAACACGGAAAUGCUGCAGAUGACAAACCAUCCUCGAGUUCGAAGCAGGUUAUGGAGACAUCAGUCAAAGAAUCUGGGAGCUCAACUGCCAAUCACGUAGGAACUUCAGAGGACCUCAACGCAGCAAAAAUUGCUGCUAUGAAGGCCGCAGAGUUAGUAAAUAAGAACCUUACAGGGUUUGGAGGGGUUGGUGGGGGAGUUGGAUGCUUGUCUACCGACCAGAAGAAAAAACUGCUGUGGGGCAGUAAAAAGAGCAGCUCUACUGAAGAGCAAACUGCUAACCGCUGGGACUUGAAUCUGUUUGCUGAUAGAGAGCGGCAGGAAAAAUUUAACAAACUCAUGAGUCUGAGGUUGCCUUGGUACGUAUGGCCAUUUGUAGGGUGUGAAGGGAAACGUGGACCCCGAGAGCAAGCCGGACAACAAGGAUGGGAGCCUUCAAGCCAAGAAGCGGGAGGAGCUCGACAUGGAUUUGGAGAAGCAAUACACCGCCGGCCUACGCCGGAGAGAUGGUCGUACUGUAGGUCUCGGUCUGUAGUUUUAUUGCUAUUCAUGCUUUUAAACAUUGAACACUAUGGGCACAUGGUUUUGGGCCAGGAGCUUCUUGUAUUUACACCCUUUUGUUGCAUGGAGAAUAUGUGGUUGCUUUGGAAACCUUUUGUAAAUGUGCCUGGUUAUUCCAAGGGCCCGCAGAGUCAGGGCCACUCUGGCCAUGGUCCCAGAAACAUCGUCAACUUGGUUCAUGCAUCUGAGCUUAUGCCGUUUUGGGUACCCCUUAUUCUGUUGUCGGGAGUUGGUGUGCAUUACUAGUUUCUGAAGUUUUAGUCAAACUUAAUUUGGUUUUCUUAACUUUUAAAUCGGAUAUUUGACAUUCCGACUUUUGAAA